GUCAGCACUGCUCUCUCUACAUCUCUCUCUCUCUAUCUGUUUCUUUCUUUAUUCCUAAUUUUGCCAUUUUCGUUCACCUCUCAUUGUGUGAGUUCUGUUCUUAUUUUGGGAGUCCUGGUUGAAUUUAAAGCAUGGAGCUGCAGGACUUUUGUUCAAGUGACAACUUCCAAUUCCUUAAUCAACAAAACAGCCUCUUGGAACCCUCGUCUUCUGAUGACCCUCCUUCUCCACAAGAGCCAACCAUUAAAUCAGACUCACCAAAUUUUACACCAUUCAGCCUGAGCAGCACAUCAGAGAGCAGCAGUUACAGUGUCUUUUCCCAAUCUCUCAAUCCUGCCCACUUCACUGCUCAAGACAAUGAAGAGCUACAGCUACAGCCUCAGACAGACUCCAUCCUAAACCGAGACUAUGUCCCCUCGCUUAGCCAUGGGCCCAAACGCCUAUGCCUGGUGUGUGGAGACUUUGCAUCCGGGUACCAUUAUGGUGUGGCAUCCUGCGAAGCCUGCAAGGCCUUUUUUAAGAGAACCAUUCAAGGAAACAUUGAGUACAGCUGUCCAGUGGUGAACGAGUGUGAGAUAACGAAGAGACGCAGGAAAUCAUGUCAGGCCUGUCGCUUUCAGAAAUGCCUGAGGGCAGGAAUGAUGCGUGAAGGUGUACGUAUGGAUCGCGUGAGAGGAGGCAGGCAAAAGUACAAACGACGAGUAGAUUCAAGCCUGUCUGUCUUCAUCCAACCUCCGUACACACAUCCGGUUAAAAGCAUCCGUAAUAAGGUGAUUUCUCAGCUGAUGGCUUCUGAGCCAGCUCCACUGAGAGCCUCUCCCGAUCCUGUGACCCCUGACAGUGACCUCAACACCUUGAUGACCUUAUGUGACCUUUUAAACAGAGAACUGCUGGUCCUGAUCAGCUGGGCAAAACACAUACCAGGGUUCUCGUCGCUCUCACUGGUGGAUCAGAUGGCGCUGUUGCAGAGUGGAUGGAUGGAAGCUCUGCUGCUAUGUGUGGUGUGGCGUUCACUGGCAUCAACUCAAGAACUGCAAUUUGCUGAAAAUCUUCAUCUGAACGAGCCUCAGUGCAAAAAUGCUGGCCUGCUGGAGCUUUAUACACCACUGAGACUCCUCAUAGACAAAUAUCAACAACUCAACAUCAGCCAUGAGGAGGCUGUAACACUCCGAGCCAUGGCACUCGCCAACUCAGAUGCAGAGCACGUGGAGAGUGGUGACAGUGUGCUGCGUUUUCAGGACGAGCUUCAUGAGGCGCUGCAGGACUAUGAGGUGAAUGAGCGUGCAGCUGAGCCACACCGUGCAGGCAGACUGCUGAUGACGCUGCCACUGCUCAGACAGAGCGCACACAGAGCCGUGCAGUGUUUCCGCCGUCUGCACAUGCAACACCAUGUGCCCAUGCACAAACUGUUCCUGGAGAUGCUGGACACCAAGAUUUAGAAAGAUACAAACUCACACAUGGGUGAAUAGUGGGGAGAAAACUCAUCGAUUGAGAGCGUUGUUGUAUUUUAGUAUUUUGGGAUUUUGGUCCUGCUGAGUGCUGAAGGUAAGGAGACGGAUGAGUUGUUUCAAUUCUGGUACUUGAUAAAUAUUUGUAACAGAAGAACAUACUGCAUGGAAAGAUUUUCAUAUUUCAGGUAUUUUAAUAUGAAAGAGUUUUAUGCAGUUUUCAAGAUUUCCUUUUAAAACCAGAUAAUGAAUUCACUUCAUAUUAGACUUUCUCAUCAAAUACGCAUCAUUCAGCAGUGGUGUUUAGGUCAUGAAGGACAGUAAUAUUUAAAAACGAAUCUAAAUACCACUGCAUUUCUUUUCAGGUGCUUUGGAGUAUAUAAGUAUCACUUUAUUUUGUACACUAUACACAGUUUUGUACACUUUGCUGUUCUGAUCCACUGCAGAAUGAUUAUAUAAAAUAUAAAGUAUGACCUAACUCAUUUUGUAAAUGAAAUGAAAAAAAAACCCACUGGAAAUCUUGAAAAGGUCAUCUUAAACUUGAAAAUAAUAGAGAAGUAGUGAAUAAUGUGUCAAUAUGCACAUCAUGCAUGUGAAGGGCUGAAACACAUACCCUUUCCCACUGCAUUUUGAUAACAUGAAGGAAGGUUUUUAUAGAAUUACUUCAUCUAAAAUUAUGUGCUAUUUUUAGAAUUAGAUAAAAUGUAAAAUAUUUUGUAAAUGAAACAGUUUAUAUAUUAUUUUUGGUUAGUAGCUUCUUGGAAUUUCCAUUAAAUCUGUUAACACGAACUAACACUGUUAGGUUUAUUAUUUUGUUUCUAAAUGAAAUAACAUAAAUCCAUGGCACUAUCCUUCACUAUAAUGUACUAUUUAUUGUCUUAUUUAUUAAAUAUAAUAAUGACUAUGGUUAUUUAUUUGUAAAUAAACUAUU